CAGUGCAAGAGCAUCCCGAGCAGAAGUCUCUCGAUAUCGUCUUCACAUCCACUUGAUGAUUAUAGGGGAAUCGUCGUGCACAGUAGGACAUCUUUGGUGGAUCUUCGUCAUCGACCGUAUUCACCGCUGGAAUAGGCAAAUUCUCUAAACCAAGGGUAAAAUCAGCCGUUUUGACGGAGGACUCCGCAACAUGAACGAAGUUUUUUGUUUCUAUCACUGGAUCGAAGCAGAACAGGUCAAUCGUCAAUUCGCUGCCUACUUCCUUGAGAUAAGCAGCCACGCACUUCUUUGAGAUCAAUGAUCGUCCACAAGGUGCACGAUACAUGAUUCGUCCAUCGCUCGCACGCCGUACUGAGCUUUCAUGCAUAUACAGCACACGUCGCCAACCACACAAGAUCGGAAUGUGCAACGGUGAACAUUUGUAGAACUGCGGAUCGCAUGGAUCGCGUUCCAAUCCUCCCAAGCAGACUGGUGAGCACUCCGUGUGGUAUUGCCAAGUGACAUGAGGCGGUGAUUGACUACAAGGUAGCACUUCGAACUGAGCUUCCUUCUUCAAUCGAAUGGCUAGGGUCUGUGGAUCCAUCUCAUAGUUGAGCGCUUCUUCUGGCCCUCCGUCAACUCUGACCGGUAACGAUGAUUUUCUGGCAGUAGUCGACGAGGUCUUGAGCCUAUCGAGGCACGGUCCUGGUUGAACAACAUCGAACUGGGAGCGAUUUUUCGCCAUGCGUCUUGCCGACAUAUUGUUACUACCGAAGUGCUCUAGAUUCACUGCAUGAAUCCUUGAAGAACCCCUGAAGAUAGUCUCAUCAACAUGGGCAUGCCCACGUUCGGUACACGGGUACUCGAAGCAGUUCGCUCCAGCCAGAGAUCCACUCCGAGGAGGAAACCGCAAAACACAGAGUGCCCUAUCCGUGGCGACAACAUAGGCUGUGACGCGAUCCUGGUUGCGAUCAUAAGCCACAACAGCCUGGGCAGGUCUCUCUGGAGGCGACGGUUUUUUCAUUCUUACUAGCGGCCAAUCUGGAUAUUUCUCAAAAUAUUUCUGGAUGAAUCGUCUCCGCUCUGGAUUCUGCCUAAUCAGCUGGUAUACUCCGCCUUUGUUGAUAUCGAUACCAUUCGAAGCUAGUGACUGCCUCGCUAACGGGAGUAUCUUCAAAAGACGAAUCUUCUCGCGAAACAGUUGCACGCGGUCUCCGGUCAACGAAGAAGCUUUCAUGGCAUCGCUAUCGCAAGAAUCGAAAGCCGCCUGUACAUACUGUUCAAAGCCAUCAUCGAAGAAAAUCAAAAACUCUCUAUUGUGAGCAGUGUUCGGGAGAGUGCCAAUAGUUCCAGUGCUCCAUACCGGCUGAUUCAUGAAGUAUGAACUAGUCACCAAAGCAGCAACUCUCAAGCCUUUGCCAACUCCUCUUCUGUAAGCGAUGGCCUAUCACGGAGGUUAGGCGGUAUAAGGUUGUUUAUCGCUUCUCGACGUUCAUUAACCACUGCAUCGUGCUUUUCAGCCAAUGCAGUCGCGCCCAUGGCCGUGAUGAGCUCUUGCAUUUCACUUUGAACUUUGUCCGCAGUGGUCAACAAAGCUUUGAGUUGAUUUUCAAUUACUGCACACUGCUUCAUAUGAUCACUUGGUUGGAAACCAGACAGCGACGGAUUCAUGAUGAAAGCCUUUGCAGCGUUCCAUUGCCGUUGUGCCUCAUCUCGUACGAGUUUGUCGAACUCGUUCUGCUCUUCUUCGGUCCACGUCUUGUUUGCGUAUUUAAUUGCACUCCAAUCACAAGCAUACGGCCACCCGCUCACCUCACAGUAAGCCAUUGUAAGAGCUAGACAACAGUCUAUGGGACUACAGUACGUUUCCAUAAUCAAGCAUUUAGGUGUCUUCUGAUCGUCAUUGCCGCCAGCCAAGAAUUUUUUCACCAUGUGAUAAGCACCUCUAUCAAGCUGCAGUGCUUCGCACAGAAUUUCGAAUUUGACAUUUCGACUGUUACUCUCGUCCAUGAUCGAGCAGAGUAUAACAAGAAUCAGCUGCUCUCGAGUCAUAUUGAAUUCUCCUUCGAAAUUGAUGUCACCCUUUGCUUCAAAUCGAUCGGCAACAUUCUUCAUCUUUUGCAUGAAAUCUUUCGGAAUCACUACUUCGUAGUUGGCUAGAUCCUCUGCAUCCAAAUAGGUAAACCAGUCAAGUAA